UUGAUCCCUCUGUUUUUGAUCAUUGGAUCUGGAGGCGUUGGCGCAGGCCUGUAUCUCAUGCGUUUGGCAAUGUUCAACCCUGAUGUCUGCUGGGACAAGACAAAUAAUCCAGAACCUUGGAAUAAGCUGUCUCCCAGUGACCAGUACAAGUUCUACUCCGUUAACGUAGACUACAGUAGACUGAAAAAGGACCGUCCUGACUUCUGAAGAGCACACUCAUCUCCAUAAGCUGCACAGAAAGGUCUUCCAAAAGUCAUCCGCACAAUUGUCAUGCUUAAUCAUCCAGGAAAUAAUCAAACUUGCCUCGCACUGCACUUGAUCAUGUGUUUGAAAGUUUUUGAUGAGGCCUAAUAAACACCUGAAA